UAAAAAAAAUGCUUUAAGAUCAAUGCUAAUAUUGGUAUUUGGGUGUUUGUUAUCACGUGAAAUUCUCGCACCUGGACGGAAGUCAGAUUUGGGGUUUGGUCUUGGCUUUAAGGUCUAUGGGUGAGAGUAUUCUAUAGCUGGUUAUUUGGUAAUAAACAAAAGCUGUCUGACUUUAAUGAGACUGUAAUGUAGAAGGGUUUUGGUUCCGACUGGAAGUGUUUAGAAUAUAUUCAAGUUGAGUAAGGAACCUCCCCUUCCCUUCCCUCGAGAAGCUCUCGUUCGCUGACAUCGAUGUUGUUCCUGUACCUGUAAAGACAUGCGUCGAAGAUUAAUUACUGCGUGAAAAUAGUUCCUGCGGUUCACUUUUGUGCUAGUUGCUGGAAACCUUUUGCUUCAUGUGAAAAUCCUCGAUUAUAGGCAUAAGGAUGUUGAGGUUUCUAAAACCUUCACAAGAGUAUGCAAAAUCAUCAAAAAACAGACCAGAGGAAAAUGAUGAAACAGACAGCGAGAACUCUCUCUUAACAUCAGAGAUCAAAUCCUUUGACUUUGCAGCUGGUCCAAUGCCAAAGAAUAGAUGCUCCAACGAUAGAGGAUUCUCGAAUUAUUCUGGACAAUUUUCGCAGCUCCCAUCACAUUCUGCAGAGAAUAUUAAGAGUUAUGCUGCUGCUACUGCUGCAACCCAGCCAAAGGAAUAUCCUUACAGUUCCCCUACAGGACACGUUGAAAAUUGGCAUGUUCCCUGUGUUUCCAACUGUGGAGAUUGUUAUACGUACAAAUCUGACAACUGGUUUUCAAAUACUGGCAUGACCGACGUAUCGCUGAGUGGGAGUUUUAGACCACCCUUGCCAACCUCAUUGCACAGCAGCCUUGGACUAUCGCAACUUGAACCCGGGUUUCCUUUGCAGUCAUAUCCAUUUCAACCACCCGGUCACCCUCUGCCUCAAAACCCUUGUCGACCUAGGGUUUCUGUGUAUGUUCCUGAACCUGGCCAUUUUCCUCCUACGCCUCUGGGCAGAGUCGACUUCCCUCCUUAUGGGACACCAGGUUUCAAUCCUCCAAAUGGUCCUGGAAAUGUUUCAUUUCAGAGGGCAGUUGCUCCUACAGAUCCAGUAAAUACAAAUGCACCGUUUAGCCUUGUACUUCCCCGUGAACAGAGAAAAGUCUUUGUGACUUAUGCUACAGAUAAUGACAGACAUGUUGAAGAGGUGAUCAAGUUUGUUGCUUUGUUGAUCAGGAAUGGAUUUGAAACCCAGAUUGAUAUGUUUGAGCAGAAUUUUCGAAGUAUAAACAAAAUUGAUUGGAUGGAAAGAUAUAUCAAUGAUAAAGGAUAUCUGAUCAUCAUUGUUAUCAGCCCAAAAUACUGGGAAGCUGUUACAUCUCAGAACUUUGACAUAAAAAAUGAUGAACAUUCUUUGAAUACAGUCUUUAUCUACAAACAGCUUCAAAACGAAUUUAUUCAGAAUGGCAGCAAGAACUUCAGAUUUGUUCCAAUUAUUUUCCCAGGAGCUAACAUGAAUCAUGUUCCUUCAUGGCUACAAAAUACACACGUCUACCGUUGGCCAGUGCAAACCCAGGAUAUUCUACGACGACUGAUGCGCCUGGAAAAAUACAAUCCUCCUCCAGUUGGUGAACUUCCGACUAUCAUUCAGAAAUCCAUAUAAUCUCAGCUUGAUCUUGCUGUAGUAAUAUCAUAAAACAAACUCUUGCUAAUUACAUGGCAUUUUUUUUGUGGCUAAGAAUAACCAAUUUUCAGACCUUCAUGGAAAUUCAUUUCUUCAAAAUAUUUCAAACGUGUUGAAUUCAGCCACAAAGCAAUAACUUUGUAUCAUUGAAAAAUGAUAAAAUUGUGGCCACAACACAUGAUGUUUAUUCCAAGAUUUGCUUCAGCUUGAUGUAUAUCAAGUGCAUUUGUUGUAAACGUGACUUACUUGCUAAAUGAGAUGUAACAUUAAACAGGUAGCAUUUCUGAAA